AUUAUCCAUGAAAGAGCCAGACUAUGUCAAUAUUCAGAGACCUCAUGUUUAUACGAGGAUACAGUUUCAGAGCCCUCAGCUGGAGAACGGAUGCCUAAACCACAGUGUAGGGGAGGAGAAACAAACCAGCCAUCUAAGCAUGUUUACUUCCAGCAACAAGGAAGUUUUAACUUGUCCCUAAGUGGUGACUCAGUGGGUUGGGACUAUAAAAGUAAAGGUAGCUGCCCUCUGAAACAUCAGGGAUUCAGACUUCAGAAAUCCAACAUGAUCCAAUCAGGACUUUCAGCUGUUUUCCUUUUCUUGUUGGGUUUGUCAUUUUGCCUGACAAUCCCUAUUCCCCUUGAAGACAGCCAUGAAUUCACAGAAAAGGACCUUCAGUUUGCAGAGCGCUAUCUCAGGACUCACUAUGAUCUCCAUCCGAAUCCUGCCGGCAUAAUGAGGAAGAGUGGAAACACAAUGGCAGCUAAACUUCGGGAAAUGCAAGCUUUUUUUGGCUUGGAGGUGACAGGCAAACUAGAUGAAGAAACAUAUGAGCUGAUGCAGAAACCAAGAUGUGGUGUCCCAGAUGUGGGGGAAUAUAACUUUUUCCCUAGAAAACUCAAAUGGUCAAAAAUGAAUUUGACGUACAGAAUUAUGAAUUACACUUCAGAUCUGAGACGCAAUGAAGUAGACAGAGCUUUCAAAAAAGCAUUUAAAGUUUGGUCUGAUGUGACGCCACUGAACUUCACCAGAAUACGAAGUGGUGUAGCUGAUAUCAUGAUCUCCUUUGGCACCAAAGAACAUGGUGACUUUUACCCUUUUGAUGGACCCUCUGGAUUACUGGCACAUGCUUUUCCCCCCGGCCCAGACUAUGGAGGAGAUGCUCAUUUUGAUGAUGAUGAAGUUUGGUCAGAUGAUUCUAAAGGCUAUAACUUGUUUCUUGUUGCUGCCCAUGAAUUUGGUCAUUCACUGGGACUUGAACACUCUAGAGACCCUGGAGCUUUGAUGUUCCCAAUCUACACAUACACCGGAAAAACUGGUUUUGUGCUUCCUGAUGACGAUGUGCAAGGGAUCCAAGAGCUCUAUGGUGCUGGAGACAAAGAUCCCAACCCAAAACAUCCCAAAACACCCGAUAAAUGUGAUGUAGAAUUAUCACUUGAUGCAAUAACAGAACUUCGUGGAGAAAUGCUGGUCUUCAAGGACAGGUUUUUCUGGCGACUUCACCCUCAGAUGGUUGAGGCAGAACUGGUGUUACUUAAGUCCUUUUGGCCAGAGCUUCCAAAUAAAAUAGAUGCAGCUUAUGAAAAUCCCAUCAAGGAUCUUGUGUUCAUGUUUAAAGGAAAGAAAGUCUGGGCUUUGAAUGGCUAUGACAUAGUUGAAGACUUCCCUAAAAAGAUAUAUGAAAUGGGAUUCCCAAAAGAAAUGAAAAGAAUAGAUGCAGCCGUACAUGUCAAAGACACCGGCAAGACUCUCUUUUUUACUGGAAAUAAGUACUGGAGUUAUGAUGAAGAGGCAGAAGUUAUGGAAGAAGGCUACCCCAAGCUGAUAGAGGAAGAAUUCCCAGGAAUUGGUGAUAAAGUGGAUGCAGUCUAUGAAAGAAAUGGUUACCUCUACUUCUUCAAUGGACCACUGCAGUUUGAAUACAGCAUCUGGAGUCAAAGAAUUGUCCGUGUCCUGCAUACUAACUCCCUAUUUUGGUGCUAAUUACAGCUGAGUGCCAUGUCAUAGGCUGCAGAGCAGCUUGUAGCUCAUAGGAAUGUUAAUAAAGUGGGCAUUUAGGUUUACCAGAGGACAGCAAGGUUCUAUGAACAGGUACUAGGCUACCUACCACCAAAUGUACACUGUAUAUAUGGACUUACACAGCUGCAUGUCAGUCUGGAAUUGAUUUGACUUAAAAGGAAAGGAGAAAAGAAGUCAUUAGGAUUUCAAGAUGCAUUACACCAUUUGAAGUUUGUCUAGUAUUGAAGUGAUGCUGGAUACAUCACAUACUUACAUGAACACUAAUGAUUCCCAGUAUUCUGAGUACACCUAGCACAUUUCAAGGAUCUCCU